CCGCCUUUUUGUUCUCUUCCACCUCUGUUAUCACGACCUCGACGAUCCAGCCACGCUCUUCAUACUUCUCCCCGACUACAAGCAAACCCGAGACUUGUCAUCUAGUCGAUACAUACCACCGCUUAUCCUGGUCGAAUAGCUAGCGUACUCGCCAUCUACUCAAGUACUAGCGCUCAACACAGCAAGAUCCACCCGACGAGCACCUUCUUCGUAUAUAACCAACGAAUAGCGCCCUUUUAAGUACACAGGACAUAACCCUCAUUCAUCCACCCAUGGCGCCUCAAGGCAGUCCACCUCCAUAUGCCUUUGUGCAGAGGAUGUACAGGUCGAACCUGAGACCUGUAGUUCUUGUUUGUACACUCGCGAGCGCAGUUUGGACCCUUGUAUGGGCUGUUGGACUGUUCAAGGAGAUCAGUACGGAUAAAUCAAAUGGAAACACGAGACUUUCUGACUUCGCGAUUGCGCUGGGUGUGAUGUAUAUUGUGACCACGUUAUUCGAGUCGGUUGGUGUGGUCGGAUCGGCCCUCCAACGCGCCCCAGUUGUUAGACUGUACACCUGGCUGUCAAUCGGGAGUGGCUUGCUCGUCUUCGCAGCCGGACUUGUCCGGGUUAUUGUACAUUUCAUGCUCAAGGACGAGCUGAUCACUGAAUGUACGACUCUUGCCACGAACGGGAGCGUUGACUUCCGCUGGGGAAUCUGGGGCUCUGAGACGACGGAGCAACUUAGCCCGAGUCAGGCAUCCACUUGGUGCAACAAGGCAUGGAGCCACGAUUCGUGGUCCGAGAUCAUUUCGCUCUUAAUCGAAAUCGUUCUCAUGGCGUCCCUCUCCUUCCUCGCGUUCGGCUACUAUUCCCAACUCGUCGACCCCACCUCUCCCGUCAACAACCCCCGCCGCCCGCAACCCAACGCCUUCAACCCCUCCGUUAACCCCUAUUCCGGUAACACACCUUACAACGGAGGCUACUACGGCUACAACUCUUCCGCCAACCUCAACGCGAACGCCGGCGCUCCCGGUGGGUACAACCCCCCGUACCUCGGAUAUAGCGAUCCCUCGCAGAACAGGAGAGGGAGUAUGGAAGGUUUCGUUCCGCCCGCUGGUCCACCGCCAGGAUGGAAGGGUUCCGACUCUGAUGCCGAAUUGAUGGCACCGGGUAAGGAUGUGGAUGUGGACAAGGUACCGGCGUACGAGGCGGGCGGGUAUGGGAUCGGAGUGGGCGAGAGAGACGCGAAGAUGUUUAGGGGUGAUAGUGCGAGUGAGAGGACUGUAGUGGCGCAUGGUGGGGAUGGGGACGGGAAGGAUUUGGCCGAUGAAAAUCCAUUCGAUGAUUUUGAGAGUGGGAGGCAGGAGAGGGCGUUGAGGGAGCAUGAGACGGGGAGGUCGCAGGGCCAGGGGAGGUUUUGAGGUCUGGAGGUUCGGUGUAUUGAGAUGGACUUUUCUUCUUCUUGAUUUUUAUGCUCUCUUUGCUCUGAUUGAUUGCAGAUGCGGAUGGACAGACGCGCUUUUGUCUUGGGUUUCGCUGGUUCGUUCCGUUUGUGAUGAAUUGUUGUACCUCUGCAUGUAUACUUUCUGCCCGUGUCUCGCUAUGUGGUUUCUUGCUGGGCGGAAAUAUAAUAUAGCACACACCCUCC